CCUGAAUGAGUAUCUAUUCAAGCUGCAGCCACGGGUUGAAUGCGUCCCUACUCUAUGCAAGAAUCUCUGCUUCCAGAGCCACGAUCAUGAAUACCAUCAUGCUUUCAAGCCGCCACUGGGAUCCGCAAUAAAUUUAGGCUGACACGAUCCCCUGCUAACACAUUCGUUGGGUACUAAACAACACUCUUGCAUUCACUCUUCAUCUAUGUCUCCUCGCGUUGCUUUCAUAUCAGGACCCCUCGAUGCCUCCGACGAGUACUUCGCGGCACAUUAUGCCUCACGUAUCCUCGCUGCAGCCGCCGCAGGCGACUCGUUCGUGAUCGGCCCUGUUCGCGGCGUCGACACGCUCGCCCUCCAGUUCCUCCUCGACCCUCUCUACGAUGUGCACCCUUCUCGUAUCACGAUAUUCAUGGCUGAGUUCGAGCAGGCACGCACGAGUUGGCGGCAAGAGUAUGAAGAGAAGGGCGUGAAGGUCUGGAAAGAGGGUAUAACUACGCGGGAGCGGGACGCUGCCAUGACACGGGAGAGCGACUAUGAUAUCCUAAGAUACAGAACGGAGGAAGAGGCAAAGCAGCUAUAUGGCGCUGCCUGGUGGCCUAGAGUCAGCAAUACUGAGAUGAACGAGAGGAGGAGAAGGGAGCAGAAGGGCGAGGAGGUCGCUACGGGAUAUAUGGGCCCUUCGCAGAAGACACUGAAUGGAGGGGAUAACAAACGCUCUCCGAAUACAGGACUUCGAAAGAAGCUUCGAGGUUUAUUUGGGGAUGAAGCUUCGUAGGCGUUCGACCUCAUGCUAGAGCGGCCGCUGACAAGGCGAGAUUGCUGUCUGAUGAUAUUGAGGGGACAAACAUAUGUUUGAAGCAGCAGAUCUCAUUGAUGAAGAACUCUGAGCGUAGCAUUUCUUCCUUGUACCCUACAAUGAAGUUUGUAUACUCUCAUGUUCUAUUCUUGUCUCAGAAUGCUCCGCGGCGAUCAUCCGCAAUAUCCGAGCGCCUUGCAGACGGCGUUUUUGGCGCGCGACGAUGAACGACGUCACGCCUUCGCAACAAAACUUUUGCAUUUUCUACAAUCGAACAACUCCACCUCAAUUGGUCUUUCAUCAAGCUGCUCUGUAGCUGCAGAUACGUAGCCUCUUCAAUUGACCCAACACAAUCUCCCUCAACCUUCUCAGUCAACCCGGUAUCAGAGAAAUGGACUGCAUUCCACUUCCCAUAGUUUGCUUCCAGUGCGGAACGUACGGCUUCCCUAAGUUCUCCAUAUCUU